AUGCACGACCCCAUCACCCAUUUUUGAGAGAGAAGCUCUGCAAAUUAUUACCUCCACCAUCUCCAUUCGAAUCAAGCUCAAGAGAGGAAGGAGGAAGGAAAAAGGGAGAAGAGAAAGGGGGAAGUUAGAGGAAAACUUGUGGUUAAUAAGGGAUUUCUGCUAAAAAAAUAAGUUUGAGGGCAUAGCUCUACCUUACAAAUACCAAGCCGCAUAGCAUAAUCUCACAUUCUCACCCGAUUUUCGGCCUAAUUCGCUCAAUAUCACAGUUCUCCCUCACCCGGGCCGUUAGCUCCUGGUCACCGCCUAUCCGGCCGACAUUAAACAUGCUAUCACAGCCACCCCAUCAGGAUGAUUCAGACAGUCAACACUCACCUAGCACCCCUAAAUCUGAAGUGAAGCCAUUAUUUAUCUCAACAACAGAAGCCCAACCGGUACAGAAUGAUCCAACAAUGAAGCCCAACUCUACCCAACAACCUAUCUCACAUUGUCAGCAACAACCGGUAUUGCCUUCUGAAUUAGGCCAACGUCGGCACAUUGUCAUCAGCGACUUGGCAUGUGACAUGGGUGUGUUAAAGUCCAUAAAGGCUAUUUGCUCCGACUUGUUCUCUGGUUAUCCCACGAGCUACAAGCGCUUGUCAACUCAGUCCCGAGAGGCUUACAUUUCAAGAUUCUCUCUGGAGUACACAUGGGCGCCGUCGGAUAAUGAGAGAAUGGUCUCCACCCUCCAUGCGCUAUUUGCUAAUCGCUAUCGGGCAAAUUUCUCCAAUUUAAGAAUUGCUGCACAAGAUAAGUUUAUUGAUUAUGCUAAAGGUCAGGAUCUGGACUGUGCUCUCGUAAUGCCCUUCAGACCGGAGUUUGCAUCUCCAAACAUAUGGCAUGACUUAUGCCUUCUUGGAAAGUUAAAGCAUAAUCGUAUCGCAAUCCUUGGGGAAGGUGAGGUUCCAGUUAUAACAAUGGGCAGGAGGUCAAAGUCACGAAGGCUUGGUGAAAUGGAAACUAGGGAGACACAGGAGCGCAACUCUCAGGCCGAGGCACUCAUGGCCAGAAAAGCUGAACUUAGGAUUGAGUUUGAAUUGCUUGUGACGAUGCAGAAGGGUUUCAGUAUCCAGAUGAGUAAUAUCUUCAAUGCUAUGGUCAGUAUGGGUGUGUUUAACUCUGGGGGAUCGUCAUCUCAGAAUCAGCCAUCGCCAAUACUUGAGCAUCCACAACCUCAGCCCACCAAUGUUCAAGCAGCCACAACCUCAGCCACCAAUGUUCAAGCAGCCACAACCUCAGCCACCAAUGUUCAAGCAGCCACAACCUCAGCCACCAAUGUUCAAGCAGCCACAACCUCAGCCACCAAUGUUUGAGUACCAACCUACGAUGAUGACAAACCAGUCUAGUUCACUCAGCCAGCUCUCUGGGAUGACUUGCGCACAUGCGCAGCGCAAUAAUUUUCCUUCACAGUCCAGCCCCAAUAUCCACCCAACAUCUCUGUCACCACAAUCGCCUUCAAAAGCUUCUUCUACCCCUAUGAUCGGACAGACUCGAGAUGACCCAUCAUGCUCCAACGGUGGUGGCACUGAAUUAAGUGAUAAUGUAAACGCUAUGGAGAAUACCUGUUUAAAUAGUAAUGAUUAGUGGAUUUGUCAAGAGCUUAAGAAUAAAUUAAAGUAUACAUUUCUAUAUAAGCCAAAAGAUUAACACUUGGACUACUUUAUUCUGGUCUGCAAAAAAUUUCCAAAACUUUAUGCCGAGUCAUCCGUCUCACAGGCCUUCUGAAAUGAGAAAGGCAUGGGCACACUGUUGUCGGUUUUUUAUUCCUGCUCAACCCCAUAGAAAAUAUGGACAGUUCCGUUGGAGAGUGUACUUUUAACCCAAUAUUAAUUCUUUGUACGUGGCAAUGCAUUUUUCAUCAAUCCCUUGUCCCAUGAAUCCAUGAUGAUAUUUGAAUAAAACAUGUUUCUUAGUGAAUAAGAUAUUUGAAUAAAACUAAUUUGAAUAAUAGCUGCUAUUAUAUUAUUA